ACGGUCGUGAACCUGAACGACGCAGGCUUCAGUCGUUUGCUGAACAGCAAGGACACCAAGGAUUGCUAUCCUGAGCCUCCCGGGACAAUCGCAGAUUGCGCAAACCUCAGCAACCAACAGUUAUUCGACGUGACGGCGCUGGUCAAAUCGGCGAGCCCAUUCCGGCCCGUGGGCAGAUCGGGCGACGCCAUGCGCGUCGUCUUCAACGUAGAAAUCAUCGACGGCUCCAAGUCCGGCGACCGCGCUCGCACGAUGCCGCUGAACGUCUUCACCGACCAGGCGACUACCCCGGACGCUGGUGGGAAGUUUGACGAAUGGGUCACCAGGGACUUUUCAACGGAGCUUGCCACAGAGACCACGCGCGCGCUCUACAAGGCCAUUGCGAACACCGUGGUUACAGGCGUGGAAGUUCUCGACAACGCGAAAGAGACUUCCUGGCAGUUAAAUUGGGCCCGCGUGGAAGAUCCGCCCGCAGGCGCCAACAUCCGCACCAACGAUGGCAGGGGCCUCUGGUUCCCUGUAACGGUUCGCGACUGCGCGGGCACGCUCACGCUGUGCAUCCAGGAGGCGGCCGCUCUCAAACCCAGCGGCUUCGAUAACGCAGACGACUUCGAAGCAGCUCUCGCUGCCAGCGUCAACGCCAUCUUCGGCGGCGACGCCUCCGCCGAAGCAGCGCUGCAGUCGGUGCUCGAGAAGAUCGGCAGAGAUUUCCUGCCCGUAGCCUUGUCGGACGGCCGCUUCGAGGCGGCAGCUCUUCAGCACGUCGCCGAGAAGCUGGAGGACUUCUUGCGGGCCGUCGAAGAGCAGCGCGCGAAUCACAUGCGCCGCGCGCCUGGCCUGGACUCCGACGCGAUCUACGCACCUCGCCACAUGAAAGAGAUCCAGAAGAAGUGGAUGAAGGAUUAUUAG